AUGCUGCUCCUGGCGGUCGCAUUCAUCGUGACCUUCGUCCUCCUUCUCUACGUUGUGUCGCCGCUCAUCAGCCCCAAGCCUCUCAAGCUGCCUGGUGCUCACGUCGUGGUAACUGGAGGCUCCAGUGGAAUUGGAAAAUGUAUUGCUAUUGAAUGUUACAAGCAAGGUGCUUUCAUAACACUGAUUGCAAGGGAUGAGAACAAGCUGUUGCAGACAAAGAAGGAAAUAGAGAAGUAUUGUGUAAAUGACAAGCAGGUUGUAUUAUGUAUUUCUGUUGAUGUGUCUAAAGACUACGAACAGGUGGAGAAUGUUCUAAAACAGGCUCAGGAGAAGCUGGGGCCAGUUGACAUGCUUGUAAACUGUGCAGGAACAUCAGUUACAGGAAAAUUUGAGGAUAUUGAAGUGAAUUCUUUUGAAAGAUUAAUGGCAGUCAAUUACCUGGGUAGUGUUUACCCAAGUCGAGCAGUAAUCGCUACCAUGAAGGAACGAAGAAUGGGAAGGAUUGUGUUUGUAUCAUCUCAGGCUGGGCAGCUAGGCCUGUUUGGUUAUACAGCUUAUUCUCCAACAAAGUUUGCUCUUCGAGGGUUGGCUGAAGCCCUGCAAAUGGAGGUAAAACCUUAUAAUAUCUACGUAACGGUGGCUUAUCCUCCAGAUACUGACACACCUGGCUUUGCAGAAGAAAGCAAAACAAAGCCCUUAGAGACGAAGCUAAUUUCUGAAACCUCAUCUGUUUGCCAAGCAGAACAAGUUGCCAGAGUUAUAGUCAAAGAUGCCAUACAAGGGAAUUUUAACAGCUCUGUUGGAUCAGAUGGUUACAUGCUAUCAAUACUGACAAGUGGAAUGUCACCAGUCACUUCUAUUACAGAAGGUCUUCAGCAGGUUGUUUGCAUGGGCAUUUUUCGCAUCAUUGGCCUAUUUUACCUAGGAAGUUUUGACAACAUAGUUCGUCGCUGCAUGAUGCAAAGAGAAAAAUCUGACAGUGCAGAUAAAACUGAGUAA